AAUUCAACCAAUAAAAAAAAAAAGAAGAAGAAGAAAGAAGAGAUGCCAAAACCUUCCAUAAAGUUACAGCCCACUCAUCUCUUCACAAUCACCCUAUCCUAGUCUGAAUUUCUCCCCUCCCCUGUUUCUAUUUUUUAAUCUUUCCCGCUGUUUCUUCUCUCUCUCCAACUUUUUUGCUAUCAAAAACCAAUAGAAAAACAAAAAAAACAAAAAGUUAACAACUUUGAAACUUGAAAAUCAAUCUCCACUCACUUACCACCACUAACAUACUAGCAUUACAUUCCACUACUCAAUCAUCAAUGGAUCGUCUUCUCAUCACCCUCACCUUUCUCUCUCUUCUUCUCUUCUCUUUCUCUCUCUUCUCAGAGGUGCAGUCAACGACUUUCAAGAUAGUAAACAAGUGUCGGCACACAGUAUGGCCCGGAAUACUAACCGGAGCUGACAGAGCACCCGUUAAUCCAACCGGGUUUAUUCUCAAGAGUGGAAAAUCCAAGACGUUAAAGAUGCCCAAGGCUUGGUCGGGUCGGGUUUGGGGUCGGACCCUCUGCUCCAACGAUCCAUCUACCGGAAAAUUUACCUGCCUCACCGGAGAUUGCGGCUCCGGCAAGGUGGAAUGCGCCGGAGCUGGUGCUAUUCCUCCGGCGAGUUUAGCGGAGUUUACACUCAACGGCGAUCAAGGUUUAGAUUUCUAUGACGUCAGCCUUGUUGACGGGUACAACCUUCCGAUGCUUAUAGUUGCUAAAGGAGGUACAAGUGGGGGAUGCAGUGCUACGGGAUGUUUAGUGGACUUAAACGGCGCGUGCCCGAAAGACUUGAGAGUUGCGAGUGGGAAAGAAAGUGUUGGAUGUAAGAGCGCGUGUUUGGCGUUUAACGAUCCGAUAUACUGUUGUAGCGAAGCGUAUAAUACGCCUGACACGUGUCACCCAUCGAGCUACUCGCUCUUUUUCAAGCACGCGUGCCCACGCUCUUAUAGUUAUGCUUAUGAUGAUAAAACUAGUACCUUCACUUGUGCAUCUGCUGAUUACUUGAUCAUAUUUUGCCCUCCCCCUUAUACCAGCCAAAAAGUGUUGGGAGCACGGAAGGAUUCAGCUGAGCUGCCACUGGUCAAUAAAACCAUGAUGUACAUUGGAAGGCAUCACUGAAGUGGCUAAUUUACAAACAGAAGUUGAAGCUUUGGACUAUCGCGAACCCCAAUGCCUCGGAUUAUCUCUCAUGUAAAACCACGUGUGCGGAUCUCAUCGAGAUAAGAAAAGACAAUAAUUGUGUAUAGGAGCUUAUAGCUUCUUAUAAGUCUGCCACUUUUUCAUCUUCAAAGCAUUUCCCGUACAGAUUAGGAUUGUUGAGCUUCCUAGAAUAGAGAUAGUUUUUUCCCGUACAGUUUCGGUAUACAGUUGGUUUUAUAUAAUCAUUGCUCUGGAAUGACCUUAAUUGGAGCGACAUUAAGUAAAGAUUCAUAUAGCCGAUCUCAACUUGCAGAA